AUGAGAACAGAUGUGGAUAGCCUGUGGAUUUUUGCUUUAGCUUCUAAAUGCAAAUCCUUCACUUCCCUAAACUCCAUGCUUGUUGCAUUUCUCUUUGUAAUAGCAUGGCUACUCUUGAAUUUUAUUUUCUGGGCACACCCAGGCGGCCAUGCUUGGGGCAAGUAUAAAUGGAGAAAAUCAAAAACCACAUCAAAAUCCAUACCCGGUCCAAAGGGUGUUCCAUUUGUUGGAAGCAUGAAUAUCAUGACCGGUUUAGCUCACCGGAAAAUUGCAGCCACGGCGGAGAUUUGCCAAGCCAAGCGUCUAAUGGCGUUUAGCCUUGGCGAAACCAGAGUAAUCGUUACAUGCAAACCAGAUGUAGCAAAAGAGAUUUUGAACAGUUCAGUUUUUGCUGAUCGUCCUGUGAAAGAAUCUGCAUACAAUCUUAUGUUCAACAGAGCUAUUGGGUUCGCUCCAUAUGGUGUUUACUGGAGAACCCUCAGAAGAAUCGCCACCACACAUCUCUUUUGUCCUAAACAAAUCAAAGCCUCGGAAUCUCAAAGAUUCGAAAUUGCUAAUCAGAUGGUGGCAAUGUUCAAUUCACAAAAAGAUGAUACUAUUCGUGUUAGGGAUGCAUUGAAAUUAGCUUCUCUCAAUAACAUGAUGUGCUCUGUAUUUGGACGAAAUUACAGGCUCGACUCUUACAAUUCUGAAACAGAAGAGUUACGAAAACUUGUUGAUGAAGGGUAUCAGUUACUGGGUACACUCAAUUGGUCGGAUCAUCUUCCUUGGUUAGCUGAUUUCGACAUACAAAACAUCCGAUUCCAGUGCUCCAAGCUCAUGCCUAAAGUAAACUACUUUGUCCGUCCUAUUAUUGACGAACACAAGGCCGAAACCGGCAAGCUCCACCGUGACUUUGUCGACGUUUUGCUCAAUCUUCAUGGGACUGAUAAAUUAUCCGACUCCGAUAUGAUCGCCGUACUCUGGGAAAUGAUAUUUAGAGGCACAGAUACAGUGGCAGUGCUGAUAGAAUGGAUAUUAGCCAGAAUGGUGAUGCACCCUGAUGUACAAUCAAAGGUCCAUAAAGAGUUAGACAAGGUUGUCGGAAGGUCACGUGCGCUUGUAGAGUCUGAUUUAACGGAAAUGGUGUUUUUACAAGCGGUAGUGAAGGAAGUACUAAGAUUACACCCACCGGGCCCACUUCUCUCCUGGUCCCGUUUAGCGAUAACGGACACCACCGUCGAUGGCUAUCACGUGCCAGCAGGAACUACUGCGAUGGUAAACAUGUGGGCCAUCAUGAGGGACCCGGAGGUUUGGGUGGACCCACUCGAAUUUAAACCCGAUAGGUUUAUUAAUAAGGGUAAGAAUAUGGACGUGUGCGGGUUGGGUUCUGAUUUGAGGCUCGCACCAUUUGGGUCUGGCCGGAGGGCUUGCCCCGGUAAGACCUUUGGACUAACGACUGUCAUGUUUUGGGUUGGUUCGCUUUUGCACCGAUUCAAGUUUAGGCCUUGCAAUGAAAGGAGUGUGGACUUGUCUGAGGUGCUAAAGCUAUCUUGUGAAAUGGUAAACCCGCUUUCGCUUAUGGUCCGACCCAGGCUUCCCCUUCUAAGUUCAGUGUGUUAG